CUUCCACCGUCCCUUCCACCGUCCCUUCCACCGUCCCUUCCACCGCUCCUUCCCUUGCACCUACACCUACACCCACCCCACUCACCCCACCAACCACCACCGGCACACUCUCCCCACGCCCACCACAAUGAUCAAAUCCGUCCUCGGCUCCGCAGCCGGCCAGCCCACGAUGCCGCAGCCGCUCGUCUUCGUCACGGGCAACGCCAACAAGCUGCGGGAGGUGCAGGCGAUCCUGGGCUCCGCAGUGCCAUCACUGACGAACCGCGCACUGGACCUGCCCGAGCUGCAAGGUAGCAUCGAGGAGAUCACACUGGACAAGGCGCGGCGUGCCGCGGCCGAGAUCGGUGGCCCCGUUCUAGUCGAAGACACGUGCCUAUGCUUCAACGCGCUGCACGGGCUUCCGGGGCCGUACGUGAAGUGGUUCAUGAAGGAGCUGGGACACGAGGGGCUCAACAACAUGCUGGCCGCGUAUGACGACAAGAGUGCGCAGGCCGUGUGCACGUUCGCUUACUGUGCGGGACCUGGCAUGGACGCGGUGCUGUUUGAGGGCCGCACUGACGGGAAGAUCGUCCCCGCUAGGGGCCCGAAGACGUUUGGUUGGGACGCCGUGUUUGAGUAUCAAGGGCUGACGUAUGCGGAGAUGGACAAGGAGGAGAAAAACAAGAUCUCGCAUCGGGGGAAGGCGCUGGAUAAGCUGAAGGUGUGGCUGGCGAAGAAUCACUGCUGAUCCGCGGGAACCUUACUCUAGAGCAAAGGAAGUAGGCACAGCUUGUGGUUUUCACUCGUAGACACGGACACGGGCAAGAAGUUUGUUUUGUUUGUUUGGUAUUACAGCCCUUGCUUGAUUGCUAGCUGUCUAUACACCCGCGGGAUGGUCGGACUCCCAGGCUUUGACCCACUGUGUUAUCCUCUCGACGUUGCUGUCGAUCUCGUCGGCGUUGUCGCUGCGCAGCUCGAUCACGAUCUCCGGACUGUAGGAUUCGCGCGCCUCCUCGAGGAUCACUUGCAUGAUCUCCGAGUCGAGGUUUUCCUGUAACUUUUGUUCUGUGCUGUGUUAGUUCCGUCGAGCCGCGCAGUAAUCUUUUGUUCCUCCCUCAAUUAAUCGGGAAAAGGUACCUGGGUAAUUUCUGUGCACACAUGCUCAUUAACAUCUUCCUCUGCACUUUAACCCUCGGGUACACUCUCACCUCGCCUUCAACCGAUCAUAAAG